AUGCUUAUUACAAUAACAUCCGUUUAGCUAGCCAGCCAAUUUAAAGAAACCAAUUAUAGUAAUUAAUUGACUAAGAAUUAAACAAGAAACUUUGCUGAACGAGGGAAUACCUCUUCUGGAGGAAGCAGGAAGUGUUUUUGUUUUUCUUUCUUUUUGAAUUGUGCUGUUUGGCCGCUGACAGUCGACUACUUAUUAUUAACUUCAAAGCGCUCAGUAUUAUUACGGCAGCGAUACACCUUCUCUGUAUUGGAUGAAACAAAAAAUACCCCACUAACUUUCCCCUUGGACUGGGGAUCGCCCUGGAGGCAGCGAGGUCUGCACGGGACGCGAAUGGCAGCUGCUUCUUUAAGGACAGUUGAAAAUGUGCAAGAUACUUUGGCUGACAUUUUCUUUCAUCACCGUUACCUUGGGUGAGUUCCAGGUCUCUCCUCCAUUUUUAGAGGUGAACACAGUCGUCAAUUCCGAAGUGCGGCUCCCUUGCGAGUUCUCUUUGGUAAAACUUAAUCAUGGGCUGAAAUACUUGCUUCUUACCUGGAAGGUCAAAGAUGUAGAGCUGGCACAGGUGAAGUAUGGCAAAGUGACAUCCAGUGACAAAGUAGCACUCUUUGAAAAUGAGAUUCACAAAGGAAAUGGAUCCUUACUUUUGAGGAAUAUCAACAUUCAGGAUGAAGGGGACUAUGUGUGUGAAGUUUACGAGGCUCCGAGAUCUGGGACUUGUACAGUUCGGCUUAAAGUUACAGCUCUUCCAAAAGUCUCCCUGAACCCACCUAUGGCGGUGGGCAAUAUACCAACAACUUUGGAGUGCCGUGCAGAGGGCUUCUACCCUGGAAACAUCUCCAUAGAUUGGGUUCAGGAAUCAAGACCACUCUCAUCCCAGGGGCCAUUGCAGCUGCACAAGAAUACAGAUGGCACUUUUACAGCAUGGAUGGCCUACAACUACAUACCUGAAAAAGUUGGGAAAAAGCUGUCCUGUGUGGUGAAACACGAGUCUCAGGAGAGAAGUCUUCCAUUACAGAUCUGUAGCCCAUCACUGUCAGUGUCACACAGAACUCUGCUGAGGAACAAAAAGAGGAAUGUCACAUGUAUGGUGGGCGGCUGCCAUUUCAAUAAGGUGACUGUGAGCUGGAAGCAAAAUGGCACAGUGUUUAAUGAAUCAGAGUGUGAAAGUAUGCAGGAGUGUGCAAGCAACAUGGUUAUCAUGCUGUCCAGUGCAGAAGAUCAAGUGAACUUCACAUGUGAAGCAAAAGUGGAAGGGCUCAGCCAGCCAUUUAUUGAAUUUGUCACUUUUAUUGCACAAGAUGCAGAUAUACCUCAGACCCAAAAUAUCUUAUGGGUUCUCAUUCCUAUCCUGCUGAUCUUUGCUCUUCUGUUUUGGAGAAUUUAUGCAGCAUGUCAUAGCCCUUCUGAUGCAGACACUGAGCGAGGGCACGUCUUAAGACGCAGAAGAGCUUUAAUGGAUAGAGGCAUCCAAUUGGAGAGUCGAAAAGAAAAAUCACAGAGAAUGAAAGGCACAACAGAUGAAGAUACAGGAUUCAGGAAGAGAGGCAAUAAUCAAAAGGGUAAAAAGGGUAAAAGGGUACAAGGCAGCGGUGAAAAGAACAUAAAAUCUCCAAGUGAAAAGUCAGCUGAACAACCCAGACAACAAAAAAAAGGAAAGAAAAAGCAGGCCUGAAGUCAUUCCGAGGAGUUUCUAUGACAUUUUUGACUGCCAACUGUUGCUUUUCCAUCCCUCUUAGCCAUGGUGCUACCUUCUCCUUUAAAGUUCAUCUGCUUACAAAUGUCUCCUAUUUGUCUAUGAAACCUGCUGGACUUUUUGGAACAUGCAAGCUCCACAAUAUCCAGGCUUGAGGUUGAAACCAGGAGCUGUACAGAAACAGCAGCAACAUUACUCUCUGUGUCACCGUGUGCUUAGUCUGGUUUCAUCUCGCAUUCCAAUAAUGUUAAGUUAUUUGGCGACUCUAAAUUGACCCACUUUAUGUAUGCAAAUUAUUGUGGGCAUCCUGUGAUGGACUGUUACCCUGCUCAGCAUUGGCUCAUUAUAUGGGUCUGGUGCAACAAAGAGAGCCUCUGGUACAUUGUAAUUGAACAUGAACAGAAGUCUUUGGCAUGUUGGGAGAAACCGGAAUAUCCAGACUCAAGCAAAGAAGUUUAAAAACCAACUUCUCAGAGUCCGUAUUCCAAAAUAAACUAUCAAGUAAACACUGGAGAAUGAUUGCUGAAAACAUCUGAGCAAUGAAAUCGGAACAAGAGAGCAAUCUUCUAUACGUUAAUCAGUAGUGGAUAUCAAUGUCCGAUAAUAUUCUGCAUAGGGGGAAUGCUCAGUUAUGUAUUACACUUUUUAAAGUUUUCUAUCCACCCAUUCUCUAAACCGCUUAUCCAUCCAUCAAUUAUCCAACCCGCUAUAUCCGAAUACAGGGUCACGGGGGUCAGCUAGAGCCAAUCCCAGCCGACACAGGGUGUAAGGCAGAAACAAACCCCGGGCAGGGCGCCAGCCCACCACAAGGCACACACACACACACACACACACACACACACACAUACACCAAGCAUACACUAGGGACAAUUUAGGAUCGCCAAUGCACCUAACCUGCAUGUCUUUGGACUGUGGGAGGAAACUGGAGUACCCAGAGGAAACCCACGCAGACACAGGGAGAACAUGCAAACUCCCGCUCGUCCAGGUCCAGUUUAACCUUUGUCUUUCCCAGUAGCCUUAACUUCAAGUAACUUAUAUUGGAUGAAUUUGGGGGGUCAACUUACCUAACAUGCAGUUCGUUGGGAUGUGGGCAAAAACUCAGGGAAGGCAGAGAAAAUCCCUCACAGACACAGAGAGAAUAUGAAACCCCAGUUGCGAGAGUGCAUAGGCCAGAAUUUGAGUCUGAUACUUUGGUGCUGAGAGACAGCAGUGCAAACCACUAAGAAACAUCUCGUAUUUUGUGUAGCAUCAUUUCACUGUAAACACUAUCGCAAAGGAAUUUACAACUACAGAUACCACCAAUGUUUGCCUAUACUGUAUGCCAAAUUGCUUCCUAUUUAAGAAGCACUUUUUUCAUAUGUUUACAAAUGUAAAAUUUAAGGAAUUUCAAUUGUCACACUCCACAAGUCUUGAAAUCAUCUUUCCGGGUAAACAAGCAAUUCUCCGUUUGCAGGUGGCUGGUGAAGAGAAGGCAGUUUUAUGGGAAAGCAGUUCUGCAUUUAUAGGUUCACCUUGCAAAAGCAGGUCUACAUAUACAGUAAUAUACCUCGAAUGGCCUCUAAACUAACAGAUGUUGUCUGUUAAGUAGAAGUCUGUUGAAAAAAGAGAAACAAUACUGGCAUUUCAGUCUUAUUGUUUACACAUCAUGGUAUGGUGGUGGGAUUUCUAGCAUAUAAGCUGAUGAAAUUUGUACUGUAAACUUGACAAACCAAAUGUGAUGCUUGUGUUCCAGCAUCAGUUUGUGACUGAUACUUGAACAUUAUCCUGAAGAAUUUGUUGAUAUUGGGUUGAAUUCAUCCGACCCUCGACUUUAACAAGGGCCCCAGUCCCUGAACUAUCCACACAGCCCCACAGCAUGAUGGAACCUCCAUCAAAUUUGACAGUAGGUAGCAGGUGUUUGUGUUGGAAUGCCAUGUUCUUCUUCCACCAUGGAAAGUGCUUUUUGUUAUGACCAAAUAACUCAAUUUUAGUCUCAUCAGUCCAAAGCACUUUAUUCCAAAAUGAAUCUGGCUUGUCUAAAUGAGUAUUUGCAUAUAACAAGCGACUCUGUUUGUGGAGUGAGUGCAGAAAGGGCUUCUUUCUCAUCACCCUGCCAUACUGAUGUUCUUUAUGUAAAUUGCACUGAAUUGUAGAACGAUGUACAGAUACACCAUCUGCAGCAAGAUGUUCUUGCAGGUCUUUGCAGGUGAUCUGUGGGUUGUCUGUCACCAUUCUCACAAUCCUGCACAUAUGCUGCUCCUGUAUUUGUCUUGGCCUUCCAGACCUGCUGAGUUUAACAGCAACUGUGCCUGUGGCCUCCCAUUUCCUGAUUCCAUUCCUUACAGUUACAGAAACUGACAGUUUAAACCUCUGAGAUGGCUUUUUGUAGCCUUCCCCUAAACCAGGAGACUCAACAAUCUUUGUUUUCAGAUCUUUUGAGAGUUGCUUUGAGGAUCCCAUGCUGUCACUCUUCAGAGGAGAGUCAAAGGGAAGGAAGCACAACUUGCAAUUGACCACCUUAAAUACCUUUAUAUCUCAGGAUUGGACACUCCUGACUAUGAAGUUCAAGGCUUAACGAGCUCAUCCAACGAAUUUGGUGUUGUAAGUAAUCAGCAUUGAGCAGUGACAGGCAUUCAAAUCAGCACAAUGACAAGGGGACCCACAUUUGUGCACAGCCAGUUUUUCACAUUUGAUUUAAUUUCAUACAACUAAAUACUGUGUCACUAAAAAUCUUUGUUCGGAAAACACUGCAGUAUUCAUAAGAUGUUCCUAGGAAAUGAAAGACAUACCACUGUUAUCUUCUUUGGUUGAAAGGAGAGUCAAUUAUUAUGCAGGCUGAGAGGGGUUCCCAAACGUUUUCAUAUGACUGUAUUUAUGUACUUGAAAUUAUUGUAUAUACCAAUAUGAUUUCCCUGAAACUGUUUUUUUAAAGAUAAAUGUGUCUUAAAUUGGUAGCAAUAUAGUAUUUUUAUACAGGCAGGUCUUGGGUUAAGGCAAUUCUUCAGAAAUGAAGGAACACAAAAAAUUCACAAAUAUUUUUUUUUAAACUGAAUUUCAAAAAUGUACCAUCUGGUGACUUCUGUUUAUUACCUAAGAAUAGUGCAAAUAAGUCCCGACAUGGAUGAAUAAGCAGUUGUCAUUACCAGUUAGGAAUUCUACUGCACACUACUGCUUUUGUCACCAUUUUUAAUAAAUGUAUUCAUUUGUGUGCAUGUGUGGCACCUCACAAUAAGCUCAGUUACAGCAUAAUUUGGUUUGUUAAUGGCUUGGCUGAGUGGCUAAAUAUACGUACAACCCAUGCUGCCUAAAGGGGUUUACUGUAGCCAUUGGGAGGAGGACGUGACACUCUUAGUGAUCCCUCAGCAAAGACAGCACAUCUCAGUUGAAGAUCAGUCAUUAUGUAGCUUUUCAGAUGACUUGCUGUGCCAUCAUUAAUUCAUUUACAAACCUUUGAGAUACUUCUUUAAAUUAAGUAGUAAAGCAUUAUGCAUUUUUGCCCAUAUUUCCAUUAACAAACUGUCAUCAGUGCCAGUUCUGACUUACAUAGAAUAUCAGGUUACAAAUGUCCAUAACACUUUGGGCACCUGUAUUUUAUAUAAUUUUAUUUCAUAUAUUUUUUCAGUCCUCGAAUAGUCAGCUGUCCACAGACGAGAGACUUAGACAGUCCUCUAGCAGAUGCUGCACUUGUCUGUCCUUACCGUGGGUCCUACUUGUUACAUGUAUUUGGCAAACCACACCAUAAUGGUUGCUUGCACACAUUUCAGUAACUUCUCCAUUCUAGGUCUAUGCCCUGGUGGUGGAAUGAUGUAAUUGUCAUGCAAAUAAAUAUUGACAAAUGGUAAAAAGCAAAACAAUUAAUAACAUUGCAACUCAAAAUAACAGAAAAUGAAUAAAUAACAGUAUAAAAAGGACAAAAUGAGAACAGCUAGUGUGCUAAGAAGACAUGUCUUCUUGGCAGCAUAACUGAGUCAGUCUACUGUAUAAUAGAGCAUACUCAGCACGUACACAUGGGGCAAAUUUAGAAUUGCUAGUUGUGGUGCUUAAACCACCACCUUAGAAUGUCAUUUUUUGAUAUCCUUGGCUGGUAUGGUAUAAUUCCUUAAGAGACCCAUGUCAAAAGAAUGAUGUUAUAUUGCUUAUGACGGUAUACUUCAGUCAAAGACUUCCUACUGUUCAAAAUGUUAAUUUAUGUAAUAAAAUGGUACAGAGCAGAGGAAAUGUGUGCAAGGCUGGAGCAUAUGCUGCGCAAACAGUGCAAGUCGGCAAUCCACCGAAAUCUUCUGGCUUGUGGUAAGAUAGAAAUCUUCUUAAACUAUGUUAGGAUGUAUAAUCUUCCCCUUCAGAAACCACAACUGAACCUCAUCCUGUUGUCUCCAUUACUAUUUUCACAAUGGUAAAAAGAUUAAUCUCUUUUAUCAGGAAGCACUACAGCUUAAUCAGAUGUUCCUGAUUCUUCUUCAUUGAGAGUUGCAGCAAACCAGGGGUUCUUCACCUGGGGUGUGAGAUGGCAUUUCAGGGGGUGUGACAAAAGGAAGGUUGUGACGCAAUUUGCCAGUGAGGUGGGUUGUCUGACUUUGUCAUGCUGCAAUCGGUGUCUUGCAGUGUGCCGUCAUUUGUAGGUCAUGUAUUAGUUACAGCUUCUGUUCUAUGAUAUGUAAAGAAUCGAGCAUUGCACGUGCAGAUGUCAUCUGCCAAUGAACUGCUGUAAUGCGUGUUCUCGCGUAUUCCUUGCUGUUUGUAAAGGCAAAUGACCUUGUUUUAAGAGAAUGGAAUUUGGACCUUGCAAUGAUCCAUAGAGAAGGCCGAGGUUGAGUAUUGAUUUCUUUGUAAGCCCCAAUCAUGAAACAUCACUGAUAUCAAGGUUUUGAUGACACUGAUGUGGUAUAAUCUGUAAACAACUAGCAGGCGAUGUUUUAUUUGCUGAUAGUUAGAGCAUGAUUGACUUAAUGAUCUUCUCUCAUUUCUAAGUUAGAAUCUAUUAAGAGAAAGAGUAAUGGGCAUGGCUCACUGAUUAGAAACGCCAACACCUCUUGCAAAAACCCAGAAGGUUCUAAGGAUUUCCACAAAGGGUUGGAAUUUGUUGUUGUUGAAGAAAGAUAUGUCUGACCUUUUAUUACUCACUUUUACCCCCAUCUUCCACCACUCAUGCUGACUGACCUUCUACAGAAGAGAGCACCAUGACCAGCUGCAUCACUGUCUGGAUGGCUAGACUCCAGAAGAAAAUAGUGAGGACAGCUGAAAAGAUCAUUGGAAUCUCUUCCCCCUCCAUUAUGGACAUGUACACCACACCACCAGUAUUGUGGAGGACCCGACGCACCCCUCACAUAAACUAUUUACCCUCCUGCCAUCUAGACAAAGGUACUAGAAUGUGUAACAGUUUCUUCCCUCAAGCCAUACGACUCCUAAACACUCAGGGACUUGACUGACGAAACACAUACACCUUCUCACUCAAUGAGAUCAUGUCUUUAUAUUUGCUAUUAUAUGGUUACCUCCUUCCUACGUCCAGUGUCAUGUUUAUGUGUUCCUUCUACUGAUAUAUUGUCACAUUUUGGCACAUCCUGCUAAUUUCUUCAACCAUAGAUAUCAUAUCAUGUGUACUGGCGGGUGCUGCACUGUCUUUGUUUGUACCACUGUCCAUCUUUGCACUGUCCUCCAGUGUUUGCACUGGCCUGCACACGUGUACUUUAUGUUGUUAUGUGUAGUCCUGUGUUUUAUGCAGCACCGUAGCCCUGGUUGAAUGUUGUUUCAUUUCUCUUUACACUGCAUUAACUGUAUAUGGCUGAAGUAACAAUAAAAGAUCCUUGACUUGA